AACCACCCUCUGGGGUCCCUUACUCUCCUUAGAGAGCUUAGAAAAAUUUCUCACAGUCCACAACCCAACCACGUUACUUGUCGGUUGAUGUUGAUCCAUCCAGAUCAUAAAAGCUUUCGUGGAAAAUGUCACAAAUAGAUUAGAAAUUUCUAUAAAUCAGACCCUUCCAUGCUACUUUGCUCUCACCAUUGAUCGUUUCAUUACGCAGUAAGUAGAGAAACUGUAGAGGAAGAAGAAGAAAAUGGCGGAUAGGAGGCCGAAUCGGAGCGAUGUUCAUUUGUCAGAGGAGGAAGAGGCGAGGAUCGAGGAAGAAACGAGGGGUUACUUUGAUGAAUUAGCUCCCAAACGCCACACCAAACCCCAACGCAGCGAGUAUUCUUCUCAAUACACAGACACACUUGAUAACUCCUCCGAUUUCAUCCCCGAAUUGAUCAAGUUUCAACAGCUCGAGAACGAUCCCCAGAAAUUGGUUUACAAGGGGAGCGCUGGAGAGGAAUAUGUGGAGACGGAAUACUACAAAGACCUCAACUGCGUGGACAAGCAACACCAUACGACUGGAACAGGAUUCAUCAGGACAGAGAACACGAAUGGAAGUUGCUUUAAGCUAGCACUAGACACCUGCUCUGCUUGCCACUCCUCUUGCAGGGGAAACCCAGCAACCAACGAUUGGAUUCCUGCCACCGGUGAUGAUAUGAUGCAGGCAACUCUGAGAUUGGACAAGCCUAACGGGAGCAAUAUAUGAAGGGAUUCUCCUUUUUUAUGACAAUGGUGGUUAUGAUUUCAGUGAAAUCCACUAUGUUUUUAAAUGUGAGUAGCAUUAAAAUUCGAAUGAACCAUCUAAUAGAGAUAGCUUUGUUUUUUUUUAGGUAAAGAGAUAGUUUUGUUAUAUGUUCUACAUUUGCAGGUAGAAUGUGGUAGUAAUGGUGCCUAAAUUAUGUAAAUGUUGACUUAUUAUUAGAGGAAGUAUUAGACAGGCCUAUGGCAGUAUGAAACUCAUGAUCUAGUUGGAUGUUGGGCGUCA